AUGUCACCUUCUAUACCUAACACAGAGUCACCAAUCACGGUCGGAGAAAUAGGGAAGAAACAGCAUGGCUUAUCAUGGCUCUCGAACGGCGGUAUCAUGAAGUUGAACUUCAUGCUCGUUAUCUUCCAGAUUUCAAGCUACGCUACAGGAUAUGAUGGGUCUAUGAUGAAUGGAUUGCAGUCCCUCACUUCUUGGAGGGAUUCUUUUAAUCACCCCGGCGCUUCUGAACUAGGCCUUUUGAAUGCCAUACAAAAUGUUGGCCAACUGAUCACAAUGCCAAUUUGCGCAAUCAGCUGCGACAAGUUCGGGCGUCGUCCAGUACUCUUCGCCGGUGCAUUCGUUCUCAUGAUCGGUGUUGCUCUACAAGCUGGUGCACAAAAUGUCGGCAUGUUUAUCGCAGCUCGAGGAAUCAUCGGUAUGGGCCUUGUUUUGAAUAUCACGGCCGCUCCUCUACUGCUACUGGAACUAGCAUUUCCUGGACAACAGGGUCCACAGGUGGCCAUUUACAACAGUCUGUGGAACCUGGGCGCGCUGGCUGCCGCGUGGAUUACAUACGGUACCUUUCGCAUCGAAAGCACAUGGGCAUGGCGCGUCCCGUCAAUUCUUCAAGGGCUGUCAAGCAUUAUUCAAAUCGGUCUAUGUUUUCUUAUCGAAGAAUCACCCAGGUGGCUGAUAAGCAAAGAGCGAGAUGAGGAAGCAAGAAAGUUGAUCUGCAAGUAUCACGCCAAUGGCCAUGAUUCGAAUCCCCUUGUCACACUGGAAAUGGAAGAGAUUCGAACAGCCCUCCAACUCGAAACCGAAGCGAGGCGCAACACGUCAUACCUUACUUUCUUUCAAAGCAAAGCAAACCUCAGACGUUUCUUUAUCAUUCUCUCGGUCGGCUUCUUCUCACAGUGGAGCGGCAACGGCCUCAUCUCCUAUUAUCUCACCUUGAUCCUUGACUCAAUCGGCUACAAAGCAGAGAGCACCCAGACACUAAUCAACGCGCUCCUCACUCUUUGGUCCAUGAUCUGGAGUCUUGUUUUUGCUUCCCUGAUGAACCGAUUUGGCCGACGCACUCUCUUUCUAAUAUCCACUGGGGGUAUACUCGCCGUUUACAUUGUAUGGACUGCGCUUGAGGCCACAUAUGAAAAGACCACAGCUUUGGAUUCAGAAGGCGGUCAUGGCUACGCCAAGGGAGUCCUGGCUAUGAUAUUUCUUUACAACUUCUUCUUCUCCAUUGGCUGGACCCCACUCCAAGUGACCUAUUGCAUUGAAAUUUUGCCCUUUGAUAUGCGCGCUCGGGGUCUCGUUUUGUACAAUUUGUUCGUCGCACUUGCUGGUAUCUUCAACCAGUAUGUGAAUCCUAUUGGGGUUACUAACAGCAAGUGGAAAUUUUAUAUCACGUAUGAUGUCUGGUUGGCCUUUGAGCUUGUGGUGGUUUAUUUCCUGUUUGUCGAGACGGGCAAUAUGAGUCUCGAAGAAACAGCGGUAAUUUUGGACGGGAAGCAGGUUGAGAACAAGUUGAUUGAAGUCACAGCAUCGGUAAGUGAGAAAAAGAUCGCUAUGCAAGAGGAGGUGGAGAGGUCCGUGGUACCGGGAGAAUGA